AUGCCGCUCGCCCCGACCGUUGUCGAGCAACCACCGCCCCCACUCCUGAGGGGCAACUCGGUCGUCUCGCUUUAUCAGUCUUGUCUCAAUCUCAUUGAGCGACUCUCGGGUGUGCCCGACUUUGAGGACUAUCUCAACCCCGACCUGCUGCUGAACACCCAGGCCGGCACCCCCUCUGGAUCCAGUCCCAACGACCCCGUUAACCAGCUCUGGGUGCUCUUUCGCCUCGGUUCCCCUCUCGCCUGCAUCUUCAAUGGUCUCCGUCCAAAGGAGCCGCUCAAAAUCAACAGCGCCGACACAAACCUCAGCAACAUCAAUGCCUGCAAGGCCUCGGUCUUCCGCUUCCUGGUUGCCUGCCGACAGGAGCUCCAGUUCAAAGAGGAUGACCUCUUCACCAUCUCGGAGCUUUAUCAGGAUGAUACCAAUGGAUUUGUCAAGGUGAUCAAAACGGUGAGCAUGGUCUUGGACCGCAUGGAGGACCAUGGAUUGCUUCGGGCUAGACGCACGGCCAAGCGCAACUCUGACCAGGCGAAACCAACCGACAACCGUGCCAAGGUUGUAAAUGAGAUCUUGGAGACAGAGCGGAGUUACGUCCAAGAUCUGGAGAACUUGCAGGCUUACAUGCGUGCGCUCCAGGCUGAUGGCACGGUUAUCUCGCCCGAAACCAUCCAUCUCAUCUUCGCCAACCUCAACGCCCUUGUCGACUUCCAGCGACGAUUCCUGAUUGCGAUUGAGACCAACGCCGCAUUCUCACCUCAGGAUCAGAAUUUUGGCCAAGUUUUUCUGCAGCACGAAGAGGCCUUUGCCGUUUACGAGCCCUUCUGUGCCAACUUUGCUGAGGCCAGCAAGCUGAUUCUCAGCGAGGCACCCAAACUCCAGAAAAUGGCCCAUUUGAUGGAGCCCAUUCACGGAAUCACCUCUCAGUUGAUCAAACCUAUUCAGCGUAUCUGCAAGUACCCACUCUUUAUGCAUGAACUCAUCAAGCUGACGGACCUAGAAUUCCCCCACUAUCGGGACCUGGUCCAAGGUCAGGCCUCUAUCAAACGUGUCGCCGACCGCAUCAAUGAGACAAACCGCAAGCAGGAUAACCACUUGAUUGCGCAGGCGCUGCAGCACAAGAUUGCCUGGAAGGAUGGUGAGCUCGUUUCAGACUUUGGCACGUUGCUCUUGCACGACAAACUCCUGAACCCCCGCAGCACCUCGGACAAGGAGUUAGAGGUUUAUUUGUUUGAAAAGAUCUUGGUCUGCUGUCAAGAAAUCGUCAGCAAAAAGAAGCAGACCAAGCCCCUGGCGAAGGGUGCAAAGCAAAAGCCCACGCUGCAUCUCAACGGUCGCAUCUACAUCAACAACAUCAAGUCGAUCUUGCCUGUUAAUGUCUCUGGAUCAUAUGUCCUCCAUGUUGUUUGGAAUGUGGCCGCAGAAGAGUUUGAACUGCGUUGUCGCAACGAGGAACAGCUCAAGAAGUGGCACAGCGUGCUGGAUAAGUUGGAGGAUGGUUACGACGAGCCUCGUGGAUACCGCAGCAAUUCGCUCCCAUUCGGUCUCGCCUCUCAACCAGCCAUGCUCGGAUCGCGUCCUAGGGCCAAGACCGAGGACGGUACCGUGCCGCCUGUUGCAUCCUGGAAUGCACGCACCGCUGGAUACAACGCUCACGUCUCUUCGAACGGUCGACCAUCCCCAGGCAUGUCCUUGCCCCCUUUGCCCCGCACAACUAGCAGCUCAGGCACAGCUAUGGGCGUCAUGUCUCCUGGAGACGCAGGUGUGCCACAGUUGAAGAUCAAGGUCAACUUCCAGGAGGAUGCGUACUUGAUCGUUGUGCCCAUUCAGAUUGGAUACAACGAGUUGGUGGAAAGGGUGGAGAAGAAGAUCCGUCUCUGUGGAUGCCGCCGGUCAGAUUCGCAGCCCUUGCGUCUCCGAUACAAGGAUGAGGACAAUGACUAUAUCAUCAUGAAGGACGACGACGACAUUUCUUUGGCGUUCGAGAGUUGCUACGCAGAAGGAGUAAUGAACUUGCAUGUCAGCUAA